AUGCCUGAAGUCAUGGAUUUGGACAAUGGCUCAGAGUCUGACUUCUACGGCAAGUACUGGAGUCAACACAGCAAGGGCCACAAUGGGUAUGAGGGUGUGGUCAGCGCACGACAGCUCGAUGAGACGGUGGGUCAGUUCCUCGCCCGUCUGCCACCUGCCACCACACGAGUCACGUUCAACUGUCCAUGGAUCUACAUCUGGAACCCUUUCGUUCCGUCCGACCGAAAGGCCCCGGGCCAGGCAGAUGGUGACGCGGUCGGUGGGGGCGAAAUGACAGGCGAGUUCAUCAUACGAGCACAGAAGAGAUUCGACCAGUACAAAGACUUUGUCGAGAAGAACCGCACCAAGACUGGGAGAAUCUCUGCCAAGAUCAAGGAGGAGGGCAAGGAGUUCACUGGUGACGUACUGAAGUUGGCAGGCCAGCUGGGCGUGACUGAAGGCAAGGCGAGUGGCCAUUGGAUCAUCUGGCCAGCGCCGGAGCACUGUAAUGAUGUGUGGGCAAAGGUCGCCCGCGCCACAGCCAACGGCGAGUUAGGCAUCGCUGCCAAGAUCUCUCCACGAGAGGAGCCUGACCGUCAGCGUCUGGUCUGCGUCUACACGCGCGACUUCAACGACAAGGAUGACGUUGCGAGGGUUCUCAACCAGCUCAAGGAACUUGGUCUCGUCCGCGAGGAACAGAAGAAACAGAUCUGUUACAAGACAGAUGCUUUCACCUACCUGGGGGUUAAUUCCGACAGCAAGAAAAUUGGCCUUGAAGUUGGAAAAUACCAAUCCAACGAAAUCUUUGCCUAUCUGAACAGGGCUCAAGUCGAGCAAUUUGAAGCUGCUGUCUGUCUCAGACCCAAGCAGUGA